AUGGCCAUGACAGAAGCAGAUCGCGAGCUCUCAGUCGAAGAGGAAUACGACUUGUGGAAGUCCAAUGUCCCGCUUAUGUACGACUUCGUUAGCGAAACGAAACUUCUUUGGCCAUCGCUAACCAUACAAUGGUUGCCCAAUGACACAUCCGAUGCAUCGCAACAGCAAUUGAUAUUGGGUACUCAUACCUCUGGUGAAGAGCAGAACUACUUGAAGAUAGCAUCUGUCGAACUUCCUGAGGAGAUCGCAGAAGACAAAGCUCCUCAACCUUCUAAAGAGCAAGAAUCAAGUCCCGGUCAGACCAAUGGACAGCCACAACAGGUAGUAUCUAAGAUCAAAAUUACCAAGAAAUUUGAUCAUGAUGAGGAGGUAACGAGGGCUCGUCAUGCACCCUUCAACAGCAACCUUAUUGCAACCAUCAAUGGCUGCGGUUCGGUUUUUUUAUAUGACCGGUCUUUGGACAAGGAGGAUGCUUUGAGGGCUAAAUUCGCAUAUCACAAGGAGAAUGGGUAUGGGCUAAACUUCAGUAUUCCAUCGCCUGGGAGUUUGCUAUCAUGCUCAGACGAUGGAACCAUAGCUCUUUGGGAUGUUCAAGCGGCAAAGGAAGUGCCCACAUUUGUGAACAAAAGCCAUAGCGAUAUUGUGAAUGAAGUAAAAUGGCACGAGACUGAUCCAAAUCUUUACGGAUCAGUUUCAGAAGAUAAGACACUCAUUAUUCAUGAUAGAAGGACCGAACAAGCGAUCGUGACCAUGAAACAGGACGAAUCAUUCAAUACAUUGGCUUUCAGCAAGAACUCUAGUAAUCUAUUUGCUGGUGCGGGUAGCGACUCUCAAGUUUAUCUUUACGAUUUACGAAAUCCCGGCGUCGCAUUACAUAGCAUGUCUGGACACCAAGAUGCAGUUACCAGCCUGGAAUUCUCUCCGCAUCGCGAUGGCGUUUUAUGUUCUGGAAGCUCUGAUAGAAGAGUGUUGGUUUGGGACCUUUUUCAAAUCGGGGCAGAGCAGCAACAGGAAGAUGCUGACGAUGGUGUUCCUGAGUUACUCAUGAUGCACGCUGGCCACAGGAGCGCGGUCAACGACUUCUCUUGCAAUGAGAAUAUACCUUGGCUCAUGGCCAGCGUAGAGGAAGAAAACAUUGUACAAAUCUGGAAGACUUCCAAAAAACUGACGAAUCCAUCUAACCCCGGGGAGUAUGAUAUCCACACACUGGAAUAG